CCAGGCGGCGGCAGCGCGGCCGGCGGAGCAGAAGCUGCAGAAGAAGACGAGCUGUUCCGUUUCACUCCGAACUCCUUCAAACUCAUCCAAACCUCUUCAAAUUCAGCAGGACUUCUUCAAAUUGGUCUGAAAGCUUUGAGAGACAGAGGAUUUACGUGACACGGAACCCAAGCUUUGGGCCGGAACUCGAUGAAAUGUCUGUCCUCAGGACUCUGAACCGACCUUCAGCUCUACGACUCCUCAGACUGUUCUCAACCCAAACUUUACCCACUCUCACUCUCUUCACCAAGGAUCCGUGUCCUCUGUGUGAUGAAGCCAAAGAAGUUCUGCAGCCGUUCAGACAGCGGUGAAACCUGGUCAGAGAGUCCUGAGGUGUGCGCUAAUCCCAGCUGGGAUCUCGGGGAGUCUCUGGUGGACAUGUACACAGCCAGUCCCAGAGUGAACGAGGAGCUGCGACAGCUUCUGCCCUCCAGGACUCCCUGCAGCUCCGGUCUGUACAGACCCGGGAUCAUCCAGAACCAGCAGCCGGAGCCCAGGGACCGUUGUCCGGGGGAGAUGGAGGCGGAUCUGACCCCCAGUAGAGGAUCUUCUCCUGGGGUGGUGGGCUGCAGAGACCCCCCCGAUGAAGAUGGGGCUACCGGUUGUGGGGGCAGUCCAGCCCCGAGAAGAGUCCAGGUCUCUGCAGGUCACAGCCUUCAGCAGACCGGAACUUCAGCUCCACUUCAGAGCUUGGAUGGAGACAACAAUGUCUCAAUGCUGCUGAAGGAGCUGGACACCCUGAGAGAACUGAACAGUCAGCUGCAGGAACAGCUGCUGCAGAAGGAGAGGGAGCUGCAGAGGAGGGAAGCUGAGCAGGAAGUGAGGGAUGAGGAGAGGGAGGCCGGCCUCUGGGAGGGCCCUGCAGCAGUGUUGGAGGAGGUGCUUGCAGCUCAGAAGGACAGAGACCAGGCAAUGAUGUCACGACUGCUGCUGGCCAAUGAGGAGAGAGAUGAGGCAUUGCUCCGCCUCCAUCGCCUGCAGCACGCCACUGAGUGGGAGGGAAUCUCCCUGCAGGACCUGGACACGGACGUGGAGGAACUGGUCCAGCAGGUCUGUGAAGCCUCCUCAGUCCAGGACCUGCAGCAGCUCGGCUCAGCUCUGGUCCGGCACCUGCGGUUGGCACGGCAACGGCGUAAUGACAUCACAGCGCAGGAGAUGAAGGCUGUGAUGGAGGAGAGAGACAAAUGUGUGGUCAAGUGUAAACGGCUGGAAGAAGACCUGCUGCAGGUGAAGGAGCAGCAGGCGAGCCAGGAGGAACUGCUGAGACUGCGGAUGGAGAGGGACACGGCACAGAACGACAAACACCGAAUGCAGGCCGAGAUUCAGAUGCUACAGGCCCAUCACAGCCGGGCUCCUCAGCCCCAGCCCUCGCAAUGCGAUGCCAUGUUGGAAUCGGUGGUGGGGACUCAGGAGGCCACACCCCCUGAAACGCCACACCUCCUGGUCCAGCUGCAGCAACUGUCCCGGGAGAAGAAGAGUUUGGAGGCAGAGCUUCGGCGCUGCCAGGAGGUGGAGCGUGAGGCGACUGAGCGAGUGCGCAGGUUGGAGCGUCUGGUGGAGGUGUUGAGGAAGAAAGUGGGAACAGGAAGUCUCCGUGCGGUCAUUUGAUCGAUCAAAAUCAUGCUCCCCUUCAUUUAUGUUGUUAUGUAUAUGUUUAUUCUGUAAUUCCUCUGCAGCUCUUUCUGUUUUGGGGAUAAUUGAUCUUCUGAAUUUGGGGUUAUAAUGGUCCUCAAACAUAUUUGUGUGAAGACGUCAAGAUGCCUGUUUGGCAUGUUCAGCUUUUAACUGUUUUGAACCUGAAUAAAGUGAUCGUGAUCGGCUCAGUGGUUGUCAUGGUUACAGUGACCAGACUGAUCAAAACAUUCAUUUUUUCCUCCUGCAGUAAAAGCCUUCCUUUGACAUGGCAGUUCAUGUGUGCAGCAGCGUUCUGAAGGUUUUAGCGUUCUGAUCCGGCUUCCUUUGCAGAGCCUUCGUCUCCUACCAGUCAUCCUCCUCCUCGUCCUCACCUUUGUUCUUGUGUUGAUUUAAGAUUUGUGUCUCCUCUGAAACAGAAACACUUUAAUUUCAGAGGAUUCGUGUGACAAAUGAGCCGCCGCUCUGACUUCAUGUUCCCUAAAAACUUCAAAUUAAAAAUUGACUUUGACAACUUUCCCUGAGUCACUCCAACUUCAGCAGAGCAGGUGGAGCAUCGUCGCCUGGUGACUUUAACCCAUCAGCUGUUCACUGCUAGAGACCACCGUGAUAAGUGAGGAAGGUCAGAGCUACACAACCUCACUGCCAAACAGGAAACAGAUCAGAGCUCUUGGAUGCUGCACCAGUCUGAUGCCAGUUCCUUUACCAACCACCAGGGUCUGGAUCCAGGCCUGUAGAGCAGGUCUGAGAGGACCUGCAGGUUUUUAGUUCCACGUUGGCUUCAGCCCAGAAGUUGGAACGUCUACGUGGACUA